GUGAACAACCUUCGAUUUCUGUCUGGUUCCGCCUACGAGCUCGCGGGGUUCCCUCAUUAAUGCUCUGAUUUUUCUUUUUGUUUUUAUUGCGUAACUGAAAAUUUAUCGGCCAUUUUAGUGCCGAUUUCUUUGUCUAAAGUUAUUUAUACGUUUAUUAACCUUAGUAGAAACUAUUGCUUCAAGCAAGGUCUUUAGGUUCAUCGUAAUGUUUAUUUACGUUUCCUUAGCCACGUACGUAAAAGCUUAAAAGCUUUUUUUUUUGCUGAAUUGAAUGUUAUGACAAAAACCCCAACAGCUAUUUAUGGGGUCAUUGACUUGCUCAAUUGACCUUAUUUCAACUUUCUAUCACCAAAACAGUUAUAUUGCGUAAACUUUCAAAACUCAAGGAUAGGUCAAAAAAAUAAUGUUAUGGUUAAAUUCACUCUUUAUUCAAUUACCUUAUUUAUUUCAUUUGAAAAGCCUAUAUCAAACAGUUUAGAUAGCAGUAUAACAAGAUGGUUACCCAACAAACUUCCCACAGCUAGUGAACCACAACCACUCCUUACUGUCUUGUGAAAGUACAGCAAAGAGAAAGUGAGCAUCACGCUAGAGCUACAUGUGCAUACAUACACACCAAUUGUCUGUCAGUAUGUAUAACAAACUCGUUGGUCGACUAUCGGGCCAGCAUAAAAAACUUUCUUUAACCCACUUUCUUAUUAGUAGUUGACGAUCAUCUUUCGCCUCUCACCGUGGCUGAAUUAAUUUUAGUGUAGUGCCGUGUUUGGUGGUCGGUAGAGGUAUGUGCCCUACCAUCGUGGUCCCAGAGUAGUCCCGUGCGCAGUGGCGCCGCGGUGGUGGGACGUUGGGACGUGGGGAUACGCGUUGUUGUAGUGACUCAAGUGGGACAGUGUUUUUUUAUUUUUUUCCCGCUUCGGCGGCGAAGAGCGGAGGGUAACCACCAUGUGCGACAUGCAGAAGAUGCCCUCUAGAGAGGAUGCCUCUUGCGAGGAAGAUUCAGAAAUGAACUUUGCCACAUUCUCAGCGGUAGGAGCCCCUGGCACGCACUUUGUGACCACAGGAGGUCAGCUUCCCGUCACUAAGAUACAGCAGAAUGUCUCUAAUAAUGGGACUGGUAUGCAACAGGUGUGCGUGGCAAUGGGUGACGGUGGAGUGCAGUACAUGCGCGCGCUGGACGGCGGCGCCACCAUCCAGGCCGCGCCGCAGCUCAUCUCCGUGCCCAUCGCGCUGCCUGGGGCCAAGCCUGGUGAUCCUCAACCAACGGUGCAGAUACAAGUACUGAAUCCAAACCUGCUGCAAGCACAACAGCAACCAAAGUAUCAAAUGCAGAUACCUAUACAGGGUUUUCAACAAGGUGGCGCAGUAUUGACAUUGGCUUACUCGCCGGAAAAUGAAGCCGGUGGUAUUCAGUUAGUCGGACAGGGCAGCCUGGGCGAAGGUACAUUCAGGAUGAGACCAGGUUUGCAAGUAUUAGCAACAUUACCACAUGAGAUGCAGCUAGUUCAGCCUACACAAGAAAAAGAUCACAUGCAGAAUAUGCAUCAGGUAUUUAUAACGCCGAAUCAGCAAAUCAUAAUCAAUGGGCCAGAAAACAAAACGCUGAACAACAACACAAGUUCAGAUAACAACAAUGAAUCCAUGGAAAUAAUUAUCAAAGAGGAGUGUGACGAAACCACCAAUGAUGAUGAGAGCUCACAAGGCACGGAAACCAGCGAUAGUAUACAGUGGCAGCUCGGCACCAGCCAUCAGCAGGACCUGGUCAAGUACCUUAACACAUUACCACCACAGCAAACACAAGCCCUCCCGGCAUCGCUGCAACAGUUCUUGCGAAAAAACCCAACUGACGUGAAGUCGGAGCCCGUUGAAAUUGACAUAGACAUGGACGAUGUCGUCACCGACGACAAAAAGGAGGAGCCCGUCGCCGAGGCCGUGCUCAGCGAAGACGGCACUCUCAGGAUACAAAGUAAAAAGAAGAAGAAGUACAAGAAGAAGCCGCCGAAGCCGGCGCGGCCGAAGCCCGGGCAGGUGGUGAUCGCCACGGCGGUGGACGGCUCGCCCAUCUUCUGCUGCCCCGAGUGCCAGAUGGCGUACCCCGAGAAGGAGCAGCUCGAGAUACACCUCGUCGUGCACAAGAUCGAGAGGCGGUUUAUAUGCGGCAUCUGCGGCGCUGGGUUAAAACGCAAGGAGCACUUGGAGCGUCACAAGCUGGGCCACAAUCCCGAGCGGCCGUACGUGUGUGGUGUGUGCCGCAAGGGCUUCAAGCGCCGCGAACAUCUCAACCUGCACACCGUCAUACACUCCGGCGUCAAGACUGAGAUGUGCACCGAGUGCGGGAAAGGUUUCUAUCGGAAGGACCACCUGCGCAAGCACACGCGGUCACACGAGAGCAAGCGCGCGCGAGACGAGGCCAACGGCGACGCCGCGCCCGCGCAGCCGCCCCCGCCCGCCGCCAACAUCAUACCAGAGAUCACUAUACACAUCCCAACCAGUGCGAGCAACCAGCUGCCGGUACAGAUCAACAUCCCGCAGCACGUGGUCUCGUCGCUGUCGCAGUCGGACGCCAACUCUCUGGACGCGCUGCUGGCCCACCACUCGUGACGUCACACCACAACACACAUACUCAGGGAUUAUAACUAAUAAACACUAAGAUGACCGACACUUUCGUUAAGUAUUGAUAAUUGUUUAAGUGUUAAUGUUAACUCAUGAACUGUUUAAGAAUUUUAUUCAAGUUAGAAACACCAAAAUAUUCACGUAAGUUAACUGUUAACAUUUAAAUAAUUAUUGAAACUAAACGAUCUUUAAAGGAGGUUUUAUCUUGUUACUCUAGUGUUGACCAUUUGUACUAUCCAUGGAAUAAUGUCACGUAUUUUGUACCACUCAAAUGGUUAAACCUGUUUCUUUAAAGUGCGUGACGUCAUAGCAGCAGUCGAUCAUAAGUCUUGUUGGUAGUAAUAAGUCUUGACAAUAAUUCUAAAAUUAGCUGCGAACACUAUGACUGUCUUGAGUGAAGCAGUUUGCAUAAAAAAAUAUCCUUAAAUGCUAUAAAACCAGUGAUAGACAUGUCAAAGUCAAACUGAAUUAGACAAUUUGUAAUCGCAUCUACCCUAGUAUGACUCUUGGAUGUGCUCGCGAGUAUAUGUUGAACAUGUGUAGAAUAAAAAGGCAUUGGUUGUGAUAAGGGGAGCCAUUGUAAGGAAAUUAUAACGGAUACUUAAUUAUACAGGGUAACACACACAUAACGCGUUAUCAGGAGUCGUUUGUUAAAACCAUAGACAGAUAGGGCUACCUCUCUUUGCCAAUGAAAGAGUACGGCAUUCAAAUUCCCCGACUUUCCCAAAUACUCGCCGAAUUAUGACUAGGAUACUUUUAACAAGAUAACAGACACAAAUGUGAUGAUGCAACACUUUUAAAUAAUAGGAUUUCUUUAAGUCGUUUUAGACUUUGACCCUCCUAUUGUAAAAUCUACGAAAAUAUAAACAGUGGUCGUGUUUCAAAAGACAUAACAAUGAAAUAUGUUUCAACUUCACAUUUGGUCCCAUACUUGGUCGUGGGAACAUAAAAGAUAUAGUUAUGAAAAGAUGAGGAAAUGUAAAUGAAAAUUAGUCUAGUUACUAAACUUAUCCCGAGUGUUGUAUUGUCAGCAAUGUGAUGAUGUUCAUUGUGGAAUGCAUGUAUAAUGUGGAUACAUAUCACGUGUAAGCUAAAUUUUUGUAAAUUUGUAUCAAUAUUGAUAAUACCAUGACAGUUCUCAUUCCGUCAAGCGCUGCUGUUGCACAAAGUAAUACUUUUGAAGAGUUACUCGUUUUGAAUGUUUGAAAUUUUCGCCCCCCCCCCCCCUGCUUUUGUAGUCACAUAGAAUCAUACGCGCUUCUUUUUGGUCCUGGGAUCAUCGGGAUAAGUACAUUCAAACGUUUUAACACGUAGUUGUUUACAUAAAUCUCUAGGCCUUUGUCUCAUUUAUAGAUAUUGUGAAGGAAAGCAUUACCCGGGCAGUUCCUAAAUACAUAGUUAUCUGUUAUUCAUAUAGUUGCCAUUCUAUUCUCUAAUGACUUCCCUGUGAAACAUUGUUGCUGCUUUAUAUCCCUGCACUAGCCAAUAGUAGCGUUUUCCGGUAAGUCAAGGUGCCCUUAAUUCAUGUAGUAAAUAUUAAUAAUGUUUAUAAGUUUUAUAGCGCUACGAUGUUCUCAGAGACCUGGUUUCUCGUUUGAUUUUUAUAUUUUCUAAGGUUAUGUAGAGCUCAAUCCAUUGCGACUUCAACGAUCAUUGUAAAUAUCAUUAUCACUGUGAUAUUUAUGUCAUUACUCGCUUUAUGUUGCGUUCUGGGUACUUCUGCAUGUGCUUAUUUUGUAUACAAACUUUCUCUUUCCAUCGAAUUGUGAUAUUUAUUUAAGGUCCGUUUAUUGGACGUGCUAGGAUUGUAUUCUCUUAAUAAUCAUGUACCGUUCUUGAUCCGUCCUUUUUUAUUAAAGGAAGUACAAAAUUCACUUAGACCUAAGGUUUUUUGAGAAAUCUAUAAAGGGUGCGUCACUGCAAUCGAUUAUAACAGAUUCUUAUACAGGAAAGUAAUUUAGGGUCCAACCCAAACUGUGUUGACCAAUGUUUAGAAACAAUUGUACCUUUUGUUAGAAGUAUCUUCUAAGAACUAAACAUCUGCCGCGAACUGAUCCUAGCACGACACAAUGGAACGGACUUGUUGAGCUGACUCAGUUCAUUGUAAGUGUGUGUGAUUAUGUGCUUUUAUACUGAAAAUUACAAAAAUAUUUAUAUUUUUUUAGAAAUUUCGUGAAAUGAAUUAUGUCCAAAAACAUUGUAUUGUUUUCACACAUUUGCGCAAGUCUUGAUAUAAAAUUAUGUUAACUUAGGGCUUUCCACCACACGAUAUUAAUAUUGUCAGCUUUAAUGUAGAUGUAAAUUGUUUUCGAAUUAUAUUUUUGUACUUAGUAAUAAGUUUUGUUUGUAAUGCAUCACUACGUUGUGGCAUGUAUUUGUAUGUCUUAGCUUAAAUCGCUGCUAUUAAGAGUUGAAGGUGCUCUCAGUUGAACUAACGUUCUCCAGUUUUCUACUCCAAUAUAGGUAAUACAAUGAAGUUGGUUUUCUUUGUGAGAAGCCGCGUUAGUAAUGUUAAAUGUUUAAAUCGUUAUUACUGUGCUGCUAGAGAAUUAAAAUCGCAUGUAAUUAGUCCAUUUAUCACACUGACAACUUUUCCAUUACUUUUCUCAUCACCUAAUGAAAUACAAUGUAUUUUUUAUAGUUUGUUUUGUAAGAUUUCGUUUUUAUAAGGUACGCUGCAUAGUAGUAGUUUGAUUGAUUCUUUUAAAUCUCAAAAACUUAUUUAAUUAUUUUCUUAACAAUUUAGGCAUAUUGUACGUACUUCGGUCGAAAACUUUACUUUUCGGUUAUCAUUUAAGAUGACGUUAGCAGUUAACCAAUUUAGAUGCGUAUUAUUAUUUGGAUUUGAAAGAAAUUAGUUGCAAGUAUUAUAAGAUUAAGACAUAGCGUAUAGACCAUUAACUUUUGUCCGGAGUUAUAAGUGUAAACUUUUGUAUGAAACUUUAUUUAUUAAGAAAACACCGUAAGAAUAAGAAUAAAAUCACUGAUUUUGAA